AUGGGCAACUUGACGGACAUUUUCCUGGUAACCCUUUUGUCUCACGUUGACCUGAUCGACGGCGUCACUAUGCCUCUACCACCGACGUGUGCUGGAAGACCCAAUCAAGCCAUUCCUCUGGACACUUCCUAUCACCGGGAAGGUCCCUUACAAAUGAUGCCAUUCACUUCCUCCGCCCAUCGCUUCUCGGAAGGGGAGUUCGUGCCGCCCGGCUUUUUUGAGCAUGUCAGCCCAAGAUUAUUCGAGCUACCGGCUUCCGCACCGGAUUGGAAGUACUCCAUGCGCAGAGCUGCCCAGGAAAUCCUCCCGUUUAUCUACUUGGGCCCGUGGGCGUGCAUUAAGGACCGUUACUGGCUGGAAUCCGAAGGCUUCACGCUGCUCCUAGCUGUUCGCGACAGACGGCUGGCACUCGCGCGCUUAGUCUCCGGGGAGAAGGCCGCCUCAGAGAUGGGGGUUGAGUCGGAUACCGUGGACAUCUCCAACAAUCAAGAGCUCAUCUCGAAUUUACCUCGGGCCAUUCGCCGGAUCAAUGACCACGUAUUCGCCUACAGCAGAAUGAACCCAGCGCGACCCCCGAAGAUCUUCCUAUUCUGUGAAACGGGAAACGGGCUUUCAGCCAUAGUCUUGAUUGCGUAUCUGAUGGUCAUGUUCAACGCAGAGCUACCCCAGGCGAUACAGGCUGUGCAGACACACCGGUUCUGCAUCGAGACCGACGAGGAAGCUAGGAUCAUGCUCCGAUCCUUCGAAUCAAUCCUAGAAGCAAAACGCGAUGUUGAACAAACCAGGCGGGCUGUUAGUGCAAGUCCACAUUCGUUAUUCGCUCCUAGGUCAGUCUCUAGGAAACGAGAUAUGGAUUAUCGACAUGAAGAUGAGAAUAUGGGAGAUAACAUGGAUACGGGCGGGAUCGGAGGGGAACCGUUCAGAAGGCCUCUGGGUCCUUUCCAAGACCGUCAAAAUUGA